AUGAAGCUUCUAACCCCAGCUCAUAAGGCCUGGUGUCCCCUCUUCUGUGUCUCAAACCCAUCUCCUCGGCCCCUUGGCUCCUACCGUCCUAGGCUCCUCGCAAUCUUGAAGCCCCAACCACUCUCCCCCAGGGCCUUUGCACAUGCUCUCUCCUCUGCCUGGAACCCCUCUGCUCACAUCUGCUCACUUAUGGGUGGCUCCCCGUUAUUGUUGGAGCUCAGCUCAAAUUUCUCAUUCUCAGAGAAGCCUAAAUGCCCCUCCUUUAGAAAAACAACAACAACAACAACAAAUGAAUGUACUGUAACGAUUGCUUGUUUUCUGCUUGUCUGUCUCUCCCACUAG